AUGAUUGUUCUUUCCUACAAUUUGAGGGGGUGUGGGAGUGCAGCCAAGAGGAAGUGCCUUCGUGAUCUCAUUCGUUCUGUUCAGGUUGAUAUUUGCUUUAUUCAAGAAUCUAAAUUGUGUAACUUUGAUUCUGUGAAUGUUCAAUCCUUGUGGGGGGAGAGUGAUAUGGAGUGGAGUGCUAAUUGGGCUGUGGGGAGGUUUGGAGGUAUUAUCACGAUGUGGAAGGUUGGUUUAUUUAAAGUGCUCUAUAGCUUCACUGGUGAUGGUUUCUUGGGGAUUGCGGUGAAUUGGAAAGGGAAGCGUGUGUACGUGGUUAAUGUUUAUGCUCCGCGCACCCUUGAUAAGAAGAAGGAGAUGUGGAAGAGUAUGAGGGAGAUGCGAUAUAGAUUUCAAGAGGGAGAGUGGUACUGUUUUAGGGGUGAUUUCAACGUCGUGAGUAAUAGAGGGGAGCGAUUAGGCAUUGGUGUUCAGAUUAAUGGUGGAGAAAUUCUGGGUUUCAAUGAGUUCAUUUCCGCCAUGGAGCUUAUUGACCUUCCGGUUCUAGGCAAUCGCUUCACUUGGUUCAAUUUGGCUGGAACUGCUUGUAGUAGGAUCGAUAGGUUCUUGGACAGUUGGAAGUCUUUGUCCAAUAUUCAUGGCAGACCCGGGUAUAUCUUAAAGGAGAAGUUGUCUAAGCAGAAGAAUAUGAUCAGGACUUGGAACAAGGAGGUGUUUGGUAUUUUAGAUUUAGAUGUCAACAAAGCUAUUAGUAGUCUGAAUAAGCUGGAUUCAAUGGUGGCUGACAUGGAGAGGAGCACUUGUGUUGACGUGAGUGAAGCCAGGGGUGUAGCCUCUAAAGCUAUGGUUAUGAAAGGUAGACGGAGGAGGAAUAACAUAGUUGGGCUGAGUUCUGCAAGGGGUGAUUUGUCGGAGGUGGAGGAUAUUAGAUCUAAAAUUAUGAAUCACUUUGCGAAUAGAUUCGUGGAGAGUGAAGAGAUUCGUCCGUUGCUUGAUGGUGUGUCUUUCAAUUGUUUAACUGCCGAGGAUUGUGUCUAUUUGGAGGCUCUGUUUUCUCUUGAGGAGAUUAAGGAUGCAGUGUGGCUCAGGGAUUGCGAGAAAAGCCCAGGACCUGACAGUUUUCCAUUGAGCUUCCUGAAAUUCUGUUGGAGUUUCGUAGGCCAAGAAGUUAUGAGGUUUGUCCAAGACUUCCAUAGAAGAGGUAAAUUGCCCAAGGCAAUUACGGCUUCGUUCUUGGCGUUAACUCCAAAAAUUAAUAAUCCUCAAAGGGUGGAAGAAUUCAAGCCCAUAUGCCUCAUUGGUUGCCUUUAUCGUUUGCUGUCUAAAUUAUUGGCUGGAAGGCUGAAUAAGGUGAUGGGGAAACUGGUCUCUCCAACUCAAACGACGUUUAUCGAAGGUAGGCAAAUGAUGGAUGGAGUUGUUGUGUUGAAUGAGAUUGCUGAUUUUGCGAGGAGGAAUAGAAGAGAAUGCUUGAUUCUGAAAAACGAUUUUGAAAAAGCAUACGAUUGUGUCUCUUGGAGUUAUCUAAAAUACAUGUUCAAGCGAAUGGGGUUUGGGAGCAAAUGGUGUGGGUGGAUGGAAGCGAUGGUUUUCUCAAGUAAUAUCUCUGUGCUCGUGAAUGGCUGUCCAACAGCGGAAUUUGCAGCUUCUCGUGGUCUCCGGCAGGGGGAUCCCAUGUCCCCGUUUCUUUUCCUUCUUGCCACUGAGGGUCUGUCUGGUUUAAUGUGGAACGCAAGAGAGGUUGGGGGUUUCCAGGGGUUUCAUUUCAACCAACAGAUUUACGUUGAGCUGUUGCAAUUCGCGGAUGAUACGGUAAUGCUGCUAUACGGUAUCAAUGUUGGGGAUGAUGCUUUACUUGCAGCUGCUAAUUUCCUUCCUUGCGCGAUUGGCAGCAUGCCGUUUCUGUUUCUGGGCCUUCAUGUAGGUGCUAAUCAUAGGAGAAAAGAUACUUGGAAGCCGGUUUACAACAAUUUGAAAAAAAGGGUAGCUUCUUGGCAGGGCAAGCAUAUCUCUCUCGGUGGCAAGUUAUCUUUCUUCAAAGCUCCUAGGGUGGUGUGGGAGGAAAUCAUUAGAAUUCAACGCUCGUUUCUGUGGGGUAAACCGAAGGAAGACAAAAGGAGGAUGGCGUGGGUUAAUUGGGACAAAGUUUACAGGCAGUGUGUGUGGUCUGAUAUUAUGACGUUUACACAUGGCAAUAGUGAGCAUUGUAUCCACGACGAGAUUUCGAAUUAUAGUUUGAAAAAAACUUCUCUCUGGUGGCGCGAUAUUAGAGCUGUUUGUAGGAGUCAAAGAAAUGAUCAAUUUUGGUUUUUAGAUGCUGUGUCUCGUAAUGAUGAUGGUUCGGUUGAGUGGGGCAGCGGCAACGAGGAAUUUUCAGUCAAAGACGCGUAUAAAAGAUUGUAUGCAACGCUGAGUGGGGUUAAUAGUUUGGGGGAGUUCAAGGUGCAUGCUAUUCAUAAUGUGUGGAGGGCAAAGGUUCCUGAGAAUAUCAAAUGCUUCGAAUGGCGGUUUAUUCUUAAUAGUAUGCCUACUAGAGAUGAAUUACGGCGAAGAGGUGUUCUUCAUGGAGGGGAUCAAGUGUUAUGUCCUUUAUGUAACAGUGCUACUGAACAUAAAGAGCACCUGUUCCUUAUGUGUGUUGAGUCCGACAAGGUUUGGAAGAUGGUGCUCCGAUGGCUGCUAGGAGAAGACAUGGAUAUUGGAAUAGGAAACUUGGAGCUUGAUGUUGUAGAGCGUUUUGAUGAUUGUUUGGAGGUGUGUGUGCGUGCGCCGUUUGUCUACUUUUUCUGGUUGUUAAUUUCUUGA